CCCUCUUCACAACUUCCAUCUCAUCAUCAACAACAAGUUAAAUAGAUUCAAUCAGUUUUUAUUCGUGUUUCAAUUUCAAUCCUUUAAUUACAAUGGCUCUUGCUGUUACUUCUUCAACUUCAAUCGCUUUUUCGUCCUCGAAUUCACGUACCGAACAAGGUGUUCAAUUUGGUUCGAGUAAUUUUCAACCAUCCGAUCGGGCUUUUGCUGCACCGGCGGCAUUGAACGUCUCCCGGAGACGAUCUCUGGCGGCGGUAAAUGCGGAACCUAAGAGGAAUGAUUCGAUUGUUCCGUCUGCGGCCACUGUGUUUGCUCCUGAUGUAGUGGAUAAACAAGCAGAGGUUGAGGAUAUUGAGAAAUUGGCUGUAGAUCUUGAGAAGGCUUCUCCACUUGAGAUUAUGGAUAAGGCACUUGAAAAAUAUGGGAAUGAUAUUGCCAUAGCUUUCAGUGGUGCAGAGGAUGUUGCUUUAAUCGAGUAUGCUCACUUAACCGGACGUCCAUACAGAGUGUUCAGCCUCGACACGGGGCGGUUAAACCCGGAAACAUACAAGUUUUUCGAUACAGUUGAGAAACACUACGGCAUUCGGAUCGAAUACAUGUUCCCCGACGCUGUUGAAGUGCAGGCUUUGGUUAGAACGAAAGGUCUGUUUUCGUUCUAUGAAGACGGUCAUCAAGAAUGCUGCCGUGUGAGGAAGGUGCGACCGUUGAGGCGGGCGUUGAAGGGUUUGCGGGCUUGGAUCACGGGUCAAAGAAAAGACCAGUCUCCCGGGACUAGAUCUGAGGUUCCGGUUGUUCAAGUGGAUCCGGUUUUUGAAGGGUUGGAUGGUGGCUCGGGUAGCUUGGUGAAGUGGAACCCUGUGGCUAAUGUAGCCGGUAACGAUGUGUGGAACUUCCUUCGGACCAUGGAAGUGCCGGUUAACUCGUUGCACGCUCAGGGGUAUAUUUCGAUAGGGUGUGAGCCAUGCACGAGGUCGGUGUUGCCCGGUCAGCACGAGCGGGAAGGGAGAUGGUGGUGGGAGGAUGCCAAAGUGAAAGAAUGCGGGCUGCAUAAAGGAAACUUAAAAGAGGAAAACGGUAACGGAAAUGGUUCGGUUGAUGGUAGCCAGAGCGCUGUGGUCUCGGAUAUCUUUGAGAGUGAAAACAUCGUGAACUUGAGCCGGCCCGGUAUCGAGAAUCUUCUCAAAAUGGAAGAGCGAAAAGACGGGUGGAUGGUUGUUCUUUACGCGCCGUGGUGUCCGUUUUGCCAAGCGAUGGAAGCGUCGUAUGUUGAAUUGGCUGAUAAGUUAGCUGGAAGUGGUGUGAAGGUUGGCAAGUUUAGAGCCGAUGGUGAUCAAAAGGCAUUUGCGCAGCAAGAAUUGCAGCUCGGGAGCUUCCCGACGAUCCUUUUCUUCCCUAAGCACUCGUCAAGGCCUAUUAAGUACCCGUCUGAGAAGAGAGACGUCGACUCGUUGAUCGCUUUCAUUAACGCUCUUAGAUGAUGAUGACGAGGAAGAAGAUGGUGUCGUGUUUGUGCAUUGAUAACUUGUACGCGAAUGUACAAUCGAGUGAUGAUUUUGGUUUUGGUCAUUGUAUAAUAUUCGUAUAGUCAGUCACCUCCUGGGGAAUGAUCGUUUCCAGAUAUUAAUUAAGUGGUUAUUCCGAAAAUGAUAAAAAACUUUUGGGCCCCGUGCGAGACAAAAACUUUGGGCCCUCUUGCUAUAAUAUAAACUCAUUAAUCGUAUAUAAAAAAAACCACAAUACUUAAGCGAA